AUGCCGCAGACCGACCCCACGACCGCCUUUCCAAACUACGAAUACUGCACGGAGGAACAUCUAAAAAAGGACGUCGAAGAACAUCAGGAUAUAUGCGCUCGGCGCUGGCUACCUGCAUGGAUUGCAUUCGUGGACAGUGCAAUCAACAUCGUUUGCCUUGAGGAGCAGGAAGCCCUGCACUGGCACGUCGUAACCAGGGGACCUGAGUUACAGAGAGAUGGCGCAAUUUUGUUUACACAUCGCCCCGCUUGUAGGGUAGGGGAGCGCAAAGACAUGUUUCCUUCCGACAUGAAGGCCUUUGACAGGCAGUCUGCUGUAUUUUUCCACAAUUGCAGGCACACCAUUCACAUAUCCACGGGCAUGACUGCGCUGUUGUUUCAAGAUCUGCCAGUAAGUCUGCGAAUAGCCAACAUCGCGGGCACGGUGCCGAAACAGGAGAUGCGGAUGCGUCGCGACUACAACUCAGUCUGGUCUCUUGCGCAAAUUCACACCGUGGUUGAGAUCGCACCACAAGAAGAGGCGCACGAGUCUAUUUGCGGAGGGUUAUAUCUUGAUCCAUCUCGCCCCCAGUACCGUUACGAGCAAGGCGCCAUACUAUGUAGCAAAUAUCCGGUGGACACCACCACAACUAGCUCCACUUGGUCAGACUUCGGUUUCGAGUACGAUCUUAUCAAGGCCGGCCGAUACAAUGAGCUCCCAGACCAACAUAUACUCUCUCGUACUCAAUGUCUAGAAUGCGAGAUAACGGCUCGUACGAUCAACAACGUGUUGUGGGAUGUGAUAAGGGAGGUUGGCGGACUCCAAUCACUGAGGGCCAUGAACGAGGAAGAGAGGAAUAAGGUACUUCAGAAGCUUCGUUUGGAUUGGAGAGAUAGAUUCAGGAAACUACGAGAUGACCUCGAUCACAUUCACUUCCCUACACAAGAGAGCGCACAAGAGAGCGCACAACAGUGCGCGUGUGGUCCGGAUGAUCUGGCCAUGCUCGAAGACCGCAUGGAUAGAGCAAUGGGAGACGGGCAUGUAAAGGCAAUGGAGGCUCUCAAAAAGGUGGCAGGUCGGCAUCUUCCUCUUUAG